AAUUUUUUCGUUCAUCUUUCAAGAAUACGUAAUACAAAUUCCUUUCGUAAUUUUAUUUAUUCUAGAUAAUCGAUUUUUGCAUUCUAUUCUUUGGCAAUAUUUAAAUAAAAAUUUCUUAUUAUCUGUGCGCAAAAUUUGGUGGAUAAAAUGUUGAAUGCGGAGAAGGAAAAAGAAUUCUUAACACAAUUUAUGAGUAAUAAAGAUGUCCCGUCUUGGUACUGCGGCACAUCGCUAUUUCAAAUUGAAGCUGCCGAUGAGCUGUCUAACUCGAUACGUGAUGACGUCGAACAAGAAACAUGUCACCGGGUGCGUCACUGCCUAAACCGACUAGGUUUAUCGCCAUCGGUGGCCAAUAAGGAUUUAAAAGUGCUUAUGAAAUUGAGUGGCGGCAAUGAUUUGGCAUUUUUAUGGUUUCUCAUGGAGUUGUACUAUAAGACCCCAGGUGGUCAAUAUGACAGUAUCAAUGAGCAAAUAAUACUAACGUCCAUAUCACAUCUUGAUAUGAUUACAACAUUGCGUGAAUUGGAUCGUAUUUUACCGCCCGGUAAUGCAUCGAAACGGCAAUUGGAACAGCGACAGAAGCGGCAACUGAACAAUAGAACUUGGAAAACGCCACCUCGUAGAAAAGUCAAGAAACAUUCAUCGCCCUACUUUAACCGGUUAGAACGACCAAUACAAUUUGGCGAGUCACUGGCUCUCGAACGUCCUGAUUUUAAGGUACGUUUCUUAUUUUAUGACAUCUAUAAGGAUCCAAAUUAUGUGCCUCCAAACGAAGUGAAUCGUUGGUAUGCUAAACACUUCAUGCAAACACCAAAAGGUAUUACGGCUAGAACAUUGAGUGAAUACCUCAAAGAACUUAUUGCAGCUAUGAACUUUUUUCCAACGAAUAACAAGGAUGUCGUUAGCAUAAUUGAUUUGGCAUUGGAACAAAUGACGAGGGCGAAAAAGCGUACAGUUGUGUGCAAGAAACAUCAAUUAGAAGAGGAGGAGCGCAAGUUUCGGCUUCAAAUAAAGGAAGUGGAGCAUAGGCAAAAAUGUUUGAAAAGUCUUGAGCUUUUUCCUAAAAAACAGCAGGCACGUCUUGAAAAGAUACAAAAAAUGUUGGAAAAGGAGGUCGAAAUGCGUCGUCUUCAAUAUCAGCGAAAACUACGCGCUCACAUAGGCGGCCACAGUUACAUACGGGUUCUUGGCCAAGAUGGUUAUUGCGAGCACUUAAUUGAAGAUGAUCAAGGAGAAGAAUGUGGCGAUAAACAGCAAUGUGCAAAAACGGCUUCUGCCGCAUCGCUGUCAAUUCGUCUCAAUAAUAGUUUACAAACUGUCGUGCAUACAAAUGAUUUUAAAACGAGCACCAACGCUGAUAAGUUGAUCGCCAAAAAUCAUCGUUUGUCAUUUGGACGAGAGGAAGAUGAAAAAGAUGACGAUUUAAAUAACGUCUAUUGCGGAAACUUGGCUACGCCACAAUCAUCGGAGCGUUUCUUUAUAGGCCCAAACAAAAACAAACCAUACAAAUUUGAUUACCCGAAAAUUUUCCAUUACGAGGAAAAGAAGAAUGAGCGAAUUUUCAUUAAAAAGAAAUGCGUUCAGGCACUGGAUGAAGAAGGCAAAGUAGUAGUUAAGAAGAUGGUAGAUCAAACACCGGAUUUGGCUGAUUUAUCAAAGAGACAAGCCGAUGAAAUAUGGAAGGAAGAACAGCAAGCAUGGAAUGCAGCGCAUGAAGAGCGAACGCCAAGCGAAGUAUCUGAUCCUUAUCCAAAGGAUAUGCCUCGCUUGCCAUUCUACGAUUGUGAAGAUAAGAAACUAAUGAGCGAAAUGUUGAAAAUUGCUUUACUGGAGAUGAGCAAAUAUCCAAAAUUCGUAUUAGCUUCGCUUCCAAAUGCUUACAAACUACCCAUGCUUCGCGAAUGGAUCUAUCAACGCUACGGCAAGCGCUAUACCCAAAGACAGCGUCUAAGCGAAAUAAGUAAUUCACUCAAAAUAAUGAGUACGUUGCAAAAAUUGAAAUUGCAAACAAAAAUUCCGAGACCGUCUGCAAUUGGCGCAAUUACGGAACAAAACUAUGGAUGUCACAAAUAUAUUAUGAGAAAAGUCCACAUAGCUAGACAAGCUUAUUAUAAUCACCUAAAUACGGAACUCUUGAGACGCGCACGUUACUUUUGGUUUGCGAUGCGUAAUUUUCUCUGUGCACUACCGCUUAAUGCAACAUUUUUUGCUUAUUUGCCAUCAAGAAAAGCUGAUAAUUAUCUCUUCAAGCCGUGGAAAUUGCACGAGUAUAUGAACGCUAAAGCGGAAUGGGACUUAAGGCGUUCACAAAAAAAAAAGGAAAUGUAAUUUGAUGUAAAAUUUAAUAAAUAUAAAUUUAUGUUAAUAUGAACUUGGA